AUGAGCAGCGACAUCGCCUACUCGAAUGUAAACACUACCGUUGGUAAUGAGAAUCCCAAUCCCAAUCCCAGCGUCAGCGUCAGCGCCAGCGCAGAUGCAAGCGCAGGCGCAAACGCAAAUACAGAGCUGAACCUCCCCACGGUGGACGAACAAAGACAAUAUAAAGUACAACUGCUACUGCACAUCAAUAGCAUACUCCUUGCGAGAGUCAUUCAGAUGAAUAACAGCUUGCAGAACAACCUACAGAAUAACGUAAAUAAUAGCAACAACGACAACAUCAUCAGGAUACAGCAGCUUAUAUCUCAGUUCCUCAAAAGAGUCCAUGCGAAUCUCCAAUGCAUAUCUCAGAUAAACCAAGGCGUCCCCUCAGCGAAACCGAUAAUCCUCACCGCUCCUCAAUUGGCCCAUCAGCAACAGCCUCCGCAGGAUAUUCUCGCUAAACUCUAUCUCCUUUUAACAAGAGUGUUCGAGAUAUGGUAG